CUUGGCAACAAUCAGUUUGUUCUCUGACAAUCAGUUUGUUCUCUAUAUUUGAAAGUCUGAUUCUGCUUUCUGUUUGUUUAUUCAUUUGUUUUGGGUAUUUUUAGGUUCCACAUAUAGGUGAAAUCACAUGGUAUUUGUCUUUCUCAGUUUGACUUAUUACACCUAAUAUCUAUGUUGUCCAUCCAUUUUGUCAAGAUCUCAUCCUUUUUUAUGGCUGUAUAAUUCUCUCUCUCUCUCUCUCUCUAUGUGUGUGUGUAUCACAUCUUUGUUAUCCACAUAAUACGUCUUUUGAAGAUUGUUGUUAUUUUCUUGGUAUGAUGCCACCAGGCUAUUUUAAGGAAUAUUCAAGAAAGAGUCAUAUCAUGCCAUUCCUUCAUUCACUCAUUCAUUCAGUUAAUAUAUAGCAAGCACCUAGUAGGUGAGAGGCAGCCUUCUAUGGGUGAAGGAUAUAAUGAUGAAAAGGAAACAGUAAAAAAAAAAGUCUUGGUUUAGGGGAGUCUACAUUCUAGUGGGGAGAGUUAGACAAUAAGCAAGAAAAACAAGAAGUCAUAUUCACAUUAGAUAGUGUGAAGAAAUCAGGAGAAAAUUCAGCAGAUCAGCAGGUAUGGCAUGUUUGGGUGGGGAGGGUGUUGAACUAUUAGUUGGGCUAGCAGGGAAGGCUUUGAGAAGGUGACUUGAACAAAGGAAGAGCAGUAGUUGAUGAGAUCAGAGGGACAUUCGAAAUCCAGGACCUUGUAGUUCUAUGUAGGACUGAGACUUGUACUCAGAAUGAAAAGGCAAGUACUGUAGUAUUUGGGGCAAGACAGACAUGAUCUAGACCACUCUGGCUACUGCCUUGAGAUAGACUGAACUGAGGCAUAAGGGCAGCAGAAGGGAGACAAGGUCGGAGGUGCUUCUGACUGUCGGGGAAGAGAGGGUGGUGGCUUAGAAUAGGAUGUCGGCAGUGUAGGGGCUGAGGAACUGUUGAAUUGGGAAGUUCCCAUGAAACUUUGGUACGGUUAGGAUGCUCAUGAGGAUGUUACCUGUUUUGAAGUUAUUCAGGCAAAAAUUUCUUUCUGAUAUUACCCAGUCAUAAAAAAAUAAAAUCUUUGCCAUUUGUAAUGACAUGGUUGUAGCUAGAGAGCAUUAAAAUAAGCAGCAUACAUUAGUCAGAUAAAGAAAAGUAGUAUAUGAUUUUACUCAUAUGUGGAAUUUAAGAAACAAAACAAAUGAAUAUGGGGGAAAUAAGAGAAGUAAACCAAUAAAUAGACUCUUAACUAGAGAAAACAAACUGAUGGUUACUCAAGAGAGUUGGGUGGGGGAUGGGUUAACUGGGUGGUGGUAUUAAGGAGGACACUUGUGGUGAACAUUGGGCGUUGUAAGUGAUGAAUCACUAAAUUCUAUUCCUGAAACUAAUAUUAUACUGUAUGUCAAGUAACUGGAAUUUAAAUAAAAACUUAAAAAAAAAUUUCUUUCUGUUGUUAGUGUUAGGAUUAUUUGAACAUUUCCCCUGAGCUGUUGGUUUCAUUUUAGUGUAAAAGCACUCUGAAUAUAUGAUUGAACAAUUUGAUCAGAAGAAAGCAUAAAGGAAAUUAAUAGUUCAUCUUUAAAAAGUGAAUUCAACUUAAUGGCAUUUUGUAUAUUACACUUACUUUGGUCAUCUUACCAUUAGGUUUCGCUUUGCUUGAUUUUUUUUUUCCUCGCAGCUUAAAAACUUCUGCCUUUUUUUUUUUUUUUUUCAGUAUUAUUUGUGUUUCCGUAAACCUCUUUAUAUAUUCCUUUCUGGUACAAUGUAGGGUCGUAUAAAUAUUUGUCUCAUUGAGUCUAUAAAAGGGGACAUAUUUCACACUCUCUUCAAGGUUGCAUCUAUUCCCUUUUCAUUGUUGUGCUUGUUUCUCUGUUAUGUAAGAGUGAAACCUGCCUGCAAGAAUUCAAACCAUAAGAAUAAUUUGUGUUUUGCAUGGAACAUUAAAUAAAAGAAUGCUUGUCUUAUAUAAGCAAGAACAACUGAGCUGUUUGGUCAUUUGACUCGAAAGAUCAGUUGAGUUAAAAGUGAGUCAAAUCAAUUGUUGGCCUGAAUUAUCUGCCACCAGUUGGUUCAUUCAAAACACUUAGUCUAAUGAUAUGUUGUAUCUAUGACACAUCCUGAUUAUGAAAUUGCUUUUAGGUUUAUUUUAAGAGAUAUUUUUUAAAAGUUUGAAUUUAAAUUCCAGUUAGUUAACAAACAGUGUAAUAAUUAGUUUCGGGUAUAGAAUGUAGUGGUACAAUACUUCCAUACCGCAGCCCGUGCUCAUCGCAGCAAGUGCCCUCCUUAAUCCCCAUCAGUUAUUUCAUCCAUCCCCCCAGCAACCUCCCCUUAGGAGAAAAUUUUGUAUCACAAACAGGUAUCAAAAAAUUCAUAUGAGGGGCGCCUGGGUGGCUCAGUGGAUUAAGCCGCUGCCUUCGGCUCAGGUCAUGAUCUCGGGGUCCUGGGAUUGAGCCCCACAUUGGGCUCUUUGCUCAGCAGGGAGCCUGCUUCCCUCCCCCCCCCUGCUGCCUCUCUGCCUACUUGUGAUCUCUGUCUGUCAAAUAAAUAAAUAAAAUCUUUAAAAAAAUUCAUAUGAUUAGAUAAUGAGGAGUCCAAAGACCAAUCGAAAGGAUGUUUAGUCCUAAAGACACAUUGUGAUAUCCGUGUAUAAGGAAUCAAACUUCUGAUGAAAACUGAGAGGCUGAAAAACAAAUUUAUCAGACAGCAAAAUGUUUAUGCUCAUCCCUUCUCUUCCUGAGCGUCAUUAAGUCAUGAACUAAACAAACGUGUUUUCCUGUUUAUUCAUCACAUGGUGCCAAUUUGCAGAUGUGACUUAUGAGACAUGUUUCUCACUUUAUAUUUUAUAAUAUUCUUUGUGGUAAAGCUGUGAGUUCCAUUUUAAAAUAAAAUCUCUCAGAAUCAUGGGAAGCUCUGAAAGGGAUUAUAGAGCUCACCCAUCAGGGGGAUUUGUAUAUAAGGAACCUGAGGUCUAGAGUGUCGAAGUCCCAAGUCCUACAGCUGAUUAGUUGGAGAGUCUAGAUUAACAUUCAAGACUCCUGACACCUAAUUCAGAGCUUUUUACCUCAGAUUAACUUUCUGUAGUGAGCUGAAUCCCCAGUUUGAGGUAACAAAAAACACUGGAACAACAAAAACAUUUAGGCUUUCAUUACGAAUCAAAGCCCAAUAUAUUAAAAUUAUGCUGCCAAUCUAAUUCAUGAUGUCCUAGUACAAAUAAUCUUAUUCAUGAUGUAUUUCAAAUUGAGUAGACUUCAUGGGAAAGCUUAUCCCUUGAAUUCAGCCUAUGAUUUGGAUAUAUUAAGCCCUCAACCUUUCCUUAGAUUACUCUGAUAACUCUCCAAUGUGAGUAUUACUGCAUCUGCAAAAAAACACUAAGGGUUUCCACAAGUUUACAGGGUAAUUUUCUCCUCUUCAUUGGAAAUAAAUAUACAGUCAUUACCUAUGCAAUAACUGUUUGGCUUUGUAGUAUUAUAGUGAAUGUAAUGGCUUUAGAAAAUAAGAGAAAUUUAAGAGUUGAGUAUGAAAAAAAUUAAUGUUUGAUGGUGUACGUAUUGAAUCAACCUUAUGAACACUUUUGUUUAGUUAAAAAUUUGGUCUUACCCUAUGAUGCCUGGUUUGUCAUGGCAUAAAGGAACAUUAAAAAUAUUUUGAAUAAACUAUAUGUGAUAUGUAGCUAAUAUUAUAUUUUAAGCAUGUGCACGGGAAUGAAUCUAUAAUGUCUAGCUCUACUUUAAUGUGAGACACUUCUCUAAUGUUGAUGCACAGUAUUAUAGGGGAUUAAAAGUUAAAGACUUAUUCAUAAUCCUUUUCGUUUUAUAUUUCCCCAGACAACUUGUAGAGAUCGAUGUUGGGUGUUUUUGUGUGUUGUAUGUUAUUUGUUUUAGAUGUACUGUUUUUCAGGUUUACUUCUCUGAAGUAAGAUGACUUGUCAAAAAUUCUGUGUGGCUUUGUUACAUUGGGAAUUUAUUUAUUUGACAACUGCACUUAACUUGGCAUAUCCAAUUACUCCCUGGAGAUUUAAGCUGUCUUGCAUGCCACCAAAUACAACCUACGACUUGCCAACUGGAAUCUCCAAAAACACUUCCAAUCUGAAUGAACAUUAUGAGGCAGUUGUCAAAGCUAAAUUGAAUUUGAGUACUACCUACUUUUCUAACUUAUCUUCCAAAACAACUUUCUACUGUUGCUUUUGGAGCAAGGAAGAUAAAAACUGUUCUGUACAUGCAGACAACAUUGAUGGGAAGGACUUUGUUUCAACAGUAAAUUCUUUAGUUUUUCAACAAAUAGGUGCAAACUGGAACAUACAGUGCUGGAUGAAAGAGGACUUGAAAUUAUUCAUCUGUUAUAUGGAGUCAUUAUUUAAGAAUCCUUUCAAGACUUAUGACCUUAAGGUCCAUCUUUUAUAUGUUCUGCCUGAAGUGUUAGAAGAGUCACCUCUGGUCCCCCAGAAAAGCAGUUUUCAGAUUGUCCAGUGCAACUGCAGUGUUCACGACAGCUGUGAAUGCCACGUGCCUGUGCCAACAGCCAAACUCAACCACACUCUCCUUCUGUAUCUGAAAAUCACGUCUGGUGGAAUAAACUUCCAAUCACCUCUAAUGUCAGUUCAGCCCAUAAAUGUUGUGAAGCCUGAUCCCCCAUUACAUUUACAUAUGGAAAUCACAGAUGCUGGCCAUUUGAAGAUUUCUUGGUCCAGCCCAACAUUGGUGCCAUUUCAACUUCAAUACCAAGUGAAAUAUUCAGAGAAUUCUUCAACAAACAUGAGGAAAGCUGAUGAGAUUGUCUCAACUACAUCUCUGCUGAUAGACAGUGUGCUCCCUGGGUCUUCAUACGAGGUUCAAGUGAGGAGCAAGAGACUGGAUGGCCCAGGAAUCUGGGGUGACUGGAGCACCCCUCUGAUCUUUACCACACAAGAUGUCCUAUACUUUCCGCCUAAAGUUCUGACAAGUGUCGGGUCUAACGUUUCUUUUCACUGCAUUUAUAAAAGUGAAAACGAGAUUGUUUCCUCAAAAAAGAUUGUUUGGUGGCUGAAUUUGGCGGAGAAAAUUCCUCCGAGGCAGUAUGCCGUGGUGGGUGACCGCGUUAGCAAAGUCACGUUUGCACAUUUGAAUGCAACCAAGCCUCGCGGGAAGUUCACCUACGACGCCGUGUACUGCUGCAACCAGCAGGAAUGCCACCAUCGCUAUGCGGAACUCUACGUGAUCGAUAUCAAUAUCAAUAUAUCAUGUGAAACUGAUGGGUACUUAACUAAAAUGACUUGCAGAUGGUCAGCCAAUGCAAUCCAAUUACUCAUGGGAAGUACUUUGCAGUUGAGGUAUCACAGGAGCAGCCUUUACUGUUCUGAUGUUCCAUCUAUUCAUCCCAUGUCUCAACCCAAAGAUUGCCAUUUGCAGAGAGAUGGUUUUUAUGAAUGCAUAUUUCAGCCAAUUUUUCUCUUAUCCGGCUAUACAAUGUGGAUUAAAAUCAAUCACUCUUUGGGUUCACUUGACUCUCCACCAACGUGUGUUGUUCCUGAUUCCGUGGUGAAACCACUGCCUCCAUCCAGUGUGAAAGCAGAAAUUACUGUAGAAAUUGGGUUAUUGAAAAUAUCUUGGGAAAAGCCAGUCUUUCCAGAGAAUAAUCUUAAGUUCCAGAUUCGCUACGGCUUAAAUGGAAAAGAAGUACAGUGGAAGAUGUACGAGGUGUACGAGGCAAAAUCAAAGUCGGCCAGUGUCCUGGUGCCAGACCUUUGUGCUGUCUACGCAGUUCAGGUGCGCUGCCGGAGGCUGGACGGGCUGGGCUACUGGAGUAACUGGAGCAGUCCCGCCUACACCGUUGUCAUGGAUAUAAAAGUUCCUACCAGAGGACCUGAAUUUUGGAGAAUCAUAAAUGAAGACACCACUAAAAAGGAGAGGAAUGUUACUUUACUCUGGAAGCCUCUGAUGAAGAAUGACUCAUUGUGCAGUGUGAGAAAAUAUGUGGUAAAACAUCAUACUUCCCGCAAUGGAACAUGGUCAGAAGAUGUGGGAAAUCACACUAAAUUCACUUUCCUGUGGACAGAACAAGCACAUUCUGUUACAGUUCUGGCUGUCAACUCAAUUGGUGCUUCUUUUGUGAAUUUUAAUUUAACCUUCUCAUGGCUUAUGAGCAAAGUAAAUUCUGUUCAGUCGCUCAGUGCUUAUCCUUUAAACAGCAGUUGUGUGCUUCUCUCCUGGACGCUAUUACCUAGUGACUACUCUCUGAUGUAUUUUGUUACUGAGUGGAAAAUUCUUAAUGAAGACAGUGAAGUUAAAUGGCUUAGGAUCCCUCCAUCAGUUAAAAAGUAUUAUAUCCACGAUCAUUUUAUCCCCAUUGAGAAAUAUCAAUUUAGUCUUUACCCAGUAUUUAUGGAAGGAGUAGGGAAACCGAAGAUAAUUAAUAGUUUCCCCCAAGAUGAUAUUGAAAAACACCAGCAUGAUGCAGGUCUAUAUGUAAUUGUGCCAAUAAUUAUUUCCUCUUCAAUCUUACUGCUUGGAACACUGUUAAUAUCACACCAAAGAAUGAAAAAGCUGCUUUGGGAAGAUGUUCCAAACCCCAAGAACUGUUCCUGGGCACAAGGACUUAAUUUUCAGAAGCCAGAAACAUUUGAGCAUCUUUUUAUCAAGCAUACAGAAUCAGUGAUAUUUGGUCCUCUUCUUUUGGAGCCUGAAACCAUUUCAGAAGAUAUCAGUGUUGACACAUCAUGGAAGAAUAAAGAUGAGAUGGUACCAACCACUAUGGUCUCUGUACUUUUGACAACUCCGGAUCUUGAAAAGGGUUCUGUUUGUAUCCGUGACCAGCACAGCAGUGCUAACUUCUCUGAGCUGGAGAGCACCGUGAUAGCCCGUGAGGACGAAAGCAGGAGGCAGCCCUCUGUUAGAUAUGCCACCCUCCUCGGCAGCUCUAAAUCAAGUGAAAUUGAUGAAGAGCAAGGGCUUAUAAACAGCUCAGUCAGCAAAUGCUUCUCUAGCAAAGGUUCCCAACCAAAGGGUUCUUUUUCCAACAGCUCAUGGGAGAUAGAAACCCAGGCAUUUUUUAUAUUAUCAGAUCAGCAUCCCAAUAUAAUUUCACCACACCUUCCAUUCUCAGAAGGAUUGGACGAACUUUUGAAACUCGAGGGAAAUUUCCCUGAAGAAAAUAAUGGUGAAAGGUCUGUCUAUUAUUUAGGGGUCACCUCAAUCAAAAAAAGGGAGACUGGUGUGUUUUUGACUGACCAGUCCCAAGUGUUGUGUCCAUUCCCAGCCCACUGUUUAUUCACUGACAUCAGAAUCCUCCAGGACAGUUGUUCACACCUUGUAGAAAAUAGCUUCAAUUUAGAAACUUCUGGUCAGAAGACUUUUGUAUCUUACAUGCCUCAGUUUCAGAUUUGUUCCACUCAGACUCAGAAAAUAAUGGAAAACAAAAUGUGUGACCUAACUGUCUAAUUUCAUUCAAGAAGCAUCUCAGAUUUAUGUUAGAAUGAAUCAUGUGAAGUGUAAUAUAUUUCGCUGUGGUUGUGGCUAUGGGAGAGGAAAGAAAACCGUCAAAAUUGGAAAUGAUUGUCCCCAGAUCAGUGGUAUUUGUCCUCAUUCAGUAAGGUAGACAAAAAGUGUGAGACACCCUUCAAGAGCCUGGCAAUGUAGACUGACUCUUCUAAUUCCAUUAACAAGCUACACUGGGAAGGUUUCCAAAGGUUUCCAAGCCCAACAGAUAGCACAUUUGGGAACAGGAGACCUGUGUAGAAAGAGCUAAUCUUCUCAGUUAUACCUAAGUUUGAAAGAAGACUUCAAAACUGAUAGUUGUGAGAUGUAACUUGCUUCAAGGGUGUCGUUGUUUUACCUUUUUACCUUGAGUUGUCUUUGCUUUCUACUGAUUCGUGUGCACACUCAUUUGUACCUAAGAGGCAUCCUCAUACAUUUUUAAAGUACAUGAUGUUUUUGUAUUUUGUGCUACUUGACUGUGUGAUUUUAAGAUUUUGCAGUUUAACAAACUUGUCCUGAGAACUUACUCUGUGAUAGGUACUCCAUUAAAUGUUGCAGAUAAAUAGAAGAUUUAGCUCUGGCCUAGGGGAUAUACUUCUGAAGACUGACAAGUAAGCCAAUCUUUAUGUGUCAAAACUAAGAUAUGUACCAUUGAAUGAAACUAUCUAUUAGAAUGGCAAUACCCACAAUUAAUAUUUUGAUGACAACAAAAGCACUUUUGAAGACAUAAUGUCUGUCUCAACUCUUCUCUAUAAAAGAUGUCGCAAUGGUCACUUUCGGAUUCAGUUUGAUUGCCACAUGUUACUGUAUCUCACUCCAGAAUCACUGUCUUCCCUCAUUCCCAUUUGCUUGUGUGCUAUUUUUUUUUCUAACUUACAGAGCAGUCUCUCUCAUAUAAUCAACCACUGUAUUAAAUCUUUCUGUACUUUAACUCAGCUAAUUAUUAAAGUAAUCAUAUGGGACAUGUUCCCCUAUAACACCCAUUUUAAAGAUUAGAAGAUUAAGUAAUUUCCCCAAGGUCACAGAGUUAGUGGGUGAUGGAACCAGGAUUCAGAUUUAAAUCCAGAUCUUUUAAUGCUAGGGACUGUGUUUGAAACCUACACCUUACUUUGCCAUUCAUUAAAAAAAUGGGUUGUAAUCAAGUAAAAUUUAUUAAAUGGAAAUAGAACGUGGGAUGAAAAGCAAGUGAGAAUUACACAGAUGUUGUUUUUGCCCUUAAAGACUUUAAUAUUUAUUGUUGGUUUCAGUUUCUAGUAUGGCAACAAAACUCAAAGCAUAUUGAGCAACAAACUAAAUUAAGAAACCUGCAGAGAUCGAUGUUGAAUGGCAAUAAUUAAGAAUGUCAAGAUGAUCGGUAUGAUCAAAACAAAUACUUCAGUCCUUGCAAAUAUGCCUCUUGGUUGUUAAACAUCCCCAGUUUCAUACUUAGCCUGAGAGAGGAUCCUGCUGAUUUUACUGUUACCCAAAAGAAAAUCCUGCUCUCUAUUGCUAUGCUAGUUGAGGCCCUAUGAAUUGAACAGUUCUAGACAAUGACAAAGUUCUCAGACCCCAACCAACAGGUGUUUUUUCACACUUCAUGAUCAUUUGCCAGUUAGAAACCAAUAAAGCUGUUUCCUAUCUUAGGCAUCAUUGAGCUAGCUUGGGAUCUCAUACUUCGGUAAUGAUUCUCACCAGAGAAAGGUAGAAGGCUCCUAUCAACUCACUGAAUAAUUAGUAUGGAAUGAAAGCCUCAGUUCCGUACAAAGAUAAAUUGAAAGAAUAUUUUUCUUCACUGAUGUUUUAAGUAGUCCAGAAACAGAGGAAAUUAUUGCAUGUAUGGAAGCGCUGGUAAAAUUGGCCAUUAUUUCGAAUGCUGCUUAUAGAAUAUAGACAUUUAAUUGAGGGUACCAUAUAGGAAAGACAGAAAAAUUACAUUUUGCUCCAGUCUGCACGUGGUUAGAGAUUAAACACUGGGCAUGUCCACUGAGACACAACAUUUUCUUGUGGUCUGGGACCUGUAACUGUGAGGAAGAGAAACUGAUAGAGGUUCCGAUCAGCCCAAGAUUUCACCAUGCUAUACGUACGCUGUAGUGAAUUCAGAAGUCCCAGGACCACUAUUGUGCUAUAGGUCUGUGUGAAAAGAAUUAAGUAACAAUACAUUAAGUUGAGAGCAUGACCAGCAUCCUGGCAUAGCUUGAUUUCCUAAAAACAAGUGAAAACAUCUCAAAUAUCAAUAUGCCAAGGGAGUUUCUUUCAUGGAGAAAGCUAAAGCGUACAGUUUGGCCUACUGGUAUGUAUAGAUUUAGUUCUUUUCCAUAGUCAAUGUGUUAGGGCUCUGAUUUUCACUUUUGAAAGUUUGUUUCACUCUAUGUAUUAAUAUAUAUUUUGGGGUCUUUGUGAAAGUUAUCUGUUAUUAAAUAGCGGGUUUUCAUCAAAAUUUAGAAUUUUUAUACUACAGGAGGUCCAGGUAUUCUACAUUUCUUCCCAAAGAUUCCUUUAAAAAAAUGUUAGGGGAGAGAAGAGCUGAAAUAUGGGUUUGGACUUCAACAUUUGGAAAAUUUCUGGAAUUUUGAGUAUUUCACUAAAGGCCUUGAACCGAAAGACAAGUUACUAGUCAGUCUCUCUAAACCUGAACUUAAUGAAAAGAAACUCAGAAGUUACUAAUUCGAGCUAGGGCUACAAGUUUCAACAGAUUGUCUGAAGGUAAAUCAUUUGUCAGGGUUAAUGAGAUGAUAUGUCUCCUAGGUUAAACCCCCAAGAACAAAGAGGAAGAAAUCAAAUCAAGGUGCACUUACCAGCAGUAACAGCCGAGCCUCCUCUUGGAGACCCGGGUUCCCAUUUGGAGAUGAACUACAUUUGAAUAAGAGAAAUGGGAACAGAUAGUCUUCUAUUUUUUUUUAAAAAAGAUUUUAUUUAUUUAUUUGACAGAGAGAGAUCACAGUAGGCAGAGAGGCAGGCAGAGAGAGAGGAGGAAGCAGGCUCCCCGCUGAGCAGAGAGCCCGAUGUGGGGCUUGAUCCCAGGACCCUGGGAUCAUGACCUGAGCUGAAGGCAGAGGCUUAACCCACUGAUCCACCCAGGCGCCCCCUUCUAUUUUUUAACUAGUCUCAAGUAGUAAGAAGACCAGUGGGUGAUCCUGGACCUACAAUAAGGCUUGAUGACGCAGAGCCAUGAGCUGCUACCUUCUCUCAUCCCUUUCCAAUAAAGCCAACUCCCUCUUUCCAAACACCAAACAUAUGGUCACAUUCCCUUAGGAUUAUUCAUCUUGAUGCCUCAAAAGCCGAGAGAAGAUAAACUUCCUCCACAGAUUGAUACCAGAUUCCAAAGCCACUUUGGUUGGCACAGGAUCCAAGCUAGGCCAUUGAGAGCUGUGCCCACGGGGCUCACAUGCGGUUGGACAAUAUGCUGAAUGGAUCAGGCCAUGCUGCAGCCAUAUGUCACCUAGACGCGAUGAAAGAGACCCCCUUCCAAAUUCUUUCCUGUAGUUUCUAAAAGACAUUUGCUCCACUUUUAAGGGUCAUCUUGAUAGUUACAGAUUUUGCCAAACUAUUUUUUAUUGAAAGAACACGUUCUCAAAUUUAAAACACAAGAUGAAAAGAGUCUACUCUACUAGGAUGAAUAGAAGCUGCAUUUGAAGGUUACCCCAAAAAUUUGAAGAAACAUUUACAAAAGGAAACUAGAGAAGUCACUAGUUUUAUUUUUUCUUGAACAACUAAUUUAAAAUGGGGAAGCAUUCCCGCACUGAAUCACAGGGGAGCAGCUGAGAAUACAAAGGUCUGGAUUAGAAUUGAGAUGUUUUCCCAUGUAUUUGUAUGAGCAUCAAGAAAUGGUUUUCAUGGGCUCUUAUACUGAACACAUUAUUUUUAUACAAAGUCUGUCACUCAGUGUUUAUUUUGGAAAGCUGCUGAAGAUAUCUAUUUUUCAAAAUUUUACUUAAGAUGUUUGAAAUUGAAUUCAAUUUUGUGAGGAUCUUUGACAGGAUAUUUUAAAUAGUGUUCAUUCAAAACCCUUAGAACUGAGAAGAAUUUGGGAAAUUAUCUAAUUUUGUAGUGAAAUACCUAGAUUACAGAUACUGUACUUUUAAAACUUGUCAUUAAGUAUUUGACAUUCAGUGAACAUUUUCUCUUUGGUCACAAUUGGUACAUUAAUAAAUGUUAUAAACACAAGUGUUUAGUGAGAUAUGAUCACCAAUUAUUUUAUAAAAUGUAAUUAUUCUAAUUCUCCUUUAUGUCCCUAAAGUCACGAAGAAGGAAAGUAAAUUAUGACUGAAUAUUUUCAUUUUUAUCAUCACAGAUCAUGAGUAAUGUCAGAAUUUUGAGAUAUCAAAUGUUCAAAUAGUUAUUAUGAGUUUAAGUUAUUUUAGAAUUGUCUUAUUAUUAUAUGAUUACUUUCAGCAAAGUUUUGAAAAUACAAAGAAGUAAUCGCUGUAGUUUAGUUAAUAUAAAAUUUUUAUACAUUGAUAGCCUUUAUAUCUUCAAAAUACUUAUAUAAUGCCUUUCCUUUGAAAGGGGUUUGAAAGCAUUUUAGAUGCAAGUAUCUCCCUUUACUGUUACUGUCUUGGGCAUCUACUCAAUGCAUCACUUCAUACCAAAUUUUUCUGGCAUUAUAGCCACUUGUGAUGAAAAAUUACUCAUUUUAAACAUCAGGAGCUCUUUAGUUUGGUUCUUUACUUCCUUAAGAAAUCUUGAUUUAGUGAUCUGUGAACAUUUGUUUCAUCAUUUAGGUUUCCAGCAAUUUGAGUUUUUAACCCCUUUUUGGGCUAGUAUUCAGACACUUUCACUCUCUUGCUUUCUAAUUUUAAAAUGUAAAUGAACAAAUACAGGAAAAAUUUCCAACAGUACAGAGAAAUAUAAGAUAAAAGGUCUAAAUAUCUUUCCCUACCCAGCCCCCAGUUCCUAUUUCCCAGAAUAACCUGUUAGUAUGAUAUCACAUAACUUUUAAGAAAUUUGUAUUGUUGGGAUUGUAUUCCACCUGCUGUCAUAAAAAUAUCCUUUUCCCUUAAUAAAUCAUAUUUCCAUAUAAACCCAUAUAUACCUAUUUCUUUUUUUGUAAUGGUUUCACAGUGUCCCAUUGUAUCAAAGUACAAUGAUUUAUUUUAACAGUUUACAGUUGGUGAACAUUUAAGUUGUUUCCAAUCUUUUACUAUAACAGGCAAUACUGAAGUGAACAUUCUUGUACAUAAUUGUCUUGGCAUAUUUUGCAAAUCUACUUGUCAGGAAUCUUGGUUACAAGUGUAAGAAAUCAACUCAAAUUGAAGUAUCUUUUCGAUAUUCUAAUUUCAUCUUGAUGAAUGAAGUUGAACCUAUUUUCAUGUCUGUAAGCCGUUUGUUUUUCUGUGCUUUCAUAUGUGCUGAAUUCUCUUGGGUUAUAAUUUUAAUAAUUUCUUAUAAUUCUUUUUUUACAUACGUGAUCUUGGUUUUUCUUAAUUGAGAUGUAACUUAUAUGCUGUAAAAAUACACAAGCCUUGAGUGUAUAGCUUAAUGAAUUUUUACACAUUUCCCCCUGAGUGUUUAUCCAGGAGUAAAAUUGCUGAAUGCAGGCUAGGUUCUAAUUUAGCUUUAAUAGAUACUGCCAAAUAAUGGUUGAACUGAUUUACACUGCAAUCAGUAAUGCAGAAGAGUUCUGCUGCUUCAACACUGAUAUUGUCAGCUUUCUGAAUUUUAGCCAUUCUUAUGGUGGUGGAAUGGUUUUUGUGGUUUCAGUUUGCACCUCUGUAACAUGUAAUGAUUUUGAGUCACAUUUAAUUCUUCUCCUGCCAUUUUUGCUGUUUUGUCAUAGAUCUUAUUUCUAUGUAUUUCAUAAACAUCUAAAGUAUUGUUAUAUUGUUUCCUUAAGCAGUAAAUAGUCUUUAAAAUUU